UAGAUAUUUGACAGCAAGAGGAGGAGACAGAGGGCAAGGGCAUAAACGCUGAUAUUGGUGCCUAGCUGUAACCGCUGCGGUGUUUUGUGUGCUCGCACUGCGAUCUAAUUACCGCAGACAUGCUUGGCAGAGUCAGCUUAUGCAGCAGGGCGAACAUUAGACUAACCUCGGCCUUGGGAUGCCUGACCUCCAGACAGAAGCAUACUCUGCCUGACUUGCCUUAUGAUUAUGGAGCACUGGAACCUCAUAUUAAUGCAGAGAUUAUGCAGCUCCACCACAGUAAACACCAUGCUGCUUAUGUAAAUAACCUGAAUAUUGCAGAAGAAAAGUAUGCAGAAGCUCUAGCUAAAGGGGAUUUGACUGCACAGGUAUCUCUUCAGCCAGCGAUUAAGUUUAAUGGUGGUGGCCAUAUAAAUCAUACAAUCUUUUGGACAAACCUUUCUCCAAAUGGUGGAGGACAACCUCAAGGUGAACUGCUUGAGGCCAUAAAGCGGGACUUUGGUUCUUUUGACAAACUUAAGGAAAAGUUGGCUGCUUUGUCAGCUGGUGUCCAAGGAUCUGGAUGGGGUUGGCUGGGUUACAACAAAGAUGCCAACCGCCUUCAAUUAGCGUCAUGUUCCAACCAGGAUCCUCUACAAGGAACAACAGGUCUUAUUCCUCUUCUGGGAAUCGAUGUUUGGGAACAUGCCUACUACCUACAGUAUAAAAAUGUGAGACCUGACUAUCUGAAAGCCAUCUGGAAUGUAAUCAACUGGGAGAAUGUUGCUGAAAGAUAUCGGUCCUCAAAAAAAUAAAGGUUUAUCAUCGGCUCUGUCGCCUCAUUGUUCUGUUAGCCAUUGUAAUUUUUAGUUGAAUGUUUGAUAAUUUCAACUCUUUGUUUUCCCCUCAAGUUGUUACAGAAUAAUAUAUUCUUUAAUUCAUAGAACAUAAAGCACUUAAAGACGUACAUAAACGCACAAAAUGUAAUGCAUAGUACAGGUAGAGUGAAAAUGCAUUUAAAGGGAAUGAUUUACAUCUUAUUGGUUAGUAUAAACUAUCAUGUAAGCAGAUACAAAAAUAUUUUCCAGAUUCAGAAUUGUUUGUCCAAAGCUGUUGUGUAAAUCUGCAUAAAAAAUAAAAAUUGCUGCUUUUCUAACCAUCGGCAGCUUGUUUAUAAAAAUCUUUAAAUAACCCGCAAGGUGGUUGGAUUGCUUUUGAACAAGUAGAUUUGAAUUAUUGCUGGUUUUCUUUCUACUGUAUUGUUCUUGCAUUGCCUUUUCUUGGAAACUUAACAUAGCGAUGCCUGCCAAAUAUAUUGUGUUCACGUGUGUUAAGUUUUAGGGUGAAAUAAAACAAUUACUAUGGCAAAUUAAA